AGAAGCGACUCUACUCCACAGAUCGCAGGUUCGAGUCCAGCGUGUGUCCAAAUAAUUCAAAAAGAUAACAAGUGUCCUAUCUGUGUCAGCUUCAAUAAAUGCAUCACAUAGAUAUCUAAACAAAACAGCCACAGAGCAGACGCGGGUUUAAACGACGGGUUUAUGGCAGGAAGCUGCACCGCCCCUGAACUUUAUUGUGUCGCAAGUUGACGAGCUAACACUGAAGUGACUCUGCUAGCAGGGAACGGAGCCGUUAGCUUGACUGCUAGCCGGGUAGCACAAGCUCGACAAAGAGCGAGGACGUCCACUCAUCUAAAAAGAAAGCUCAUGGCCUCCAUGUCUCCAAACAACUUCUCCUGGGUUGAACCGGGAAAACUGGCCGGACUGGCGCUGCCCAGGAUGACGUGUGAAUACCAGUACCUGCUGGACAACGGCAUCAAACAUCUGGUCUGCCUGUGCGAGAGAAAACCACCUUACCACGACUCGUGCCCAGAGUUGCAGCUGCACCACAUCAAGAUCGCCGACUUCACUCCUCCCUCACCGAGUCAGAUUGAUAGAUUCCUCUCCAUCGUGGAGGAAGCCAACUCCAAGGGGGAGGGCGUGGGAGUUCACUGUAUGCACGGACACGGCAGGACGGGCACCAUGCUGGCCUGCUACCUGGUGAAGACGAAGAAGCUGUCGGGGAUCGACGCCAUCAACGAGAUCCGCAGGCUGCGACGCGGCUCGAUCGAGACCCACGAGCAAGAGAAAGCUGUGGUACAAUUUUAUCAGCGCACAAAGUAGCAGUAAAAAAAACAGUUCUGCUUCUGUUAGGAAGCAAACGUCGUACAGUUUUUACAGGUAAUAAGUAUAAAAUAAGUGGAAGGAGUGCCUUGAUUAUAUUGCUAAAUGAACUUUACUAUCUUGGAACAGGAAAUACAAACAGUACUGAACUUCUCAGCCCUGGGAUAUUUCACUAAGACAAACAUCUCUACUGUACAUACAGGCACACGCCCUCAUUUCACAUGGUACUGUAUUCUGUCCUUCUGCUCGCACAUCUUUACUUUUGUUUAUAUAGAUUAUAUAGACUGGUUCGCCCUACGUUCACAGGGCUGUAACCUUCAUUUAAGCACUGGACUCCAGGGAGAAAAGACGCUGGCGCUCCUUGAACGUGAGCUUUUCAGGAGCCGACGCUCUCUUCAUCUUCUCUUCCUGGUGUCUGUAAUUAAACAAUGAUAUUAGCCAGGAUACUUGAAUUUUAUUAACAGGGAAUCACUUACGGGGGCACAAACGGUAGCACGUGCUGUUUUUAAAUUGUAUUUAUAAAGUGUCGUCUGCUGAUUUAUGUUACUCAGGGAUCACUCUCAAAUGCUUUAAAGGUUUUUGGGAGAGAAAAAUGUACGUUCGCCCCCCAAAAAGGAAAAAGCCCGCAUGUCGUUUCAACAAUCAGUACGACAGUGUUCGGUCCGCCACAUCCUCCUUUCAGAAUCACGUCACAUUUAGCUGCUGUCAUGGCAGCCGUGUGUGACUGGACGCUUGCUUCAGUGUGUGAAUACACUCCUGCAGAAAAAGGUUAAAGAAGACUGGAGAUAUCGACGCACCAGGGAAGCUGCACUUUUGCCGAAGAAUUAAAUCUAUGAGGUGAAGGACGGGCAUGGAUGCUACUAGACUGUGCUGCAGCCUUGGUAACACUUACAUCGAAACCUAAAUUUUUUCAUUUUGGGGUGAACUGUUCCUUUAAAACAGUUAGACUAGAUGAGCUUUGUGUGGUAUCAAACAACUGUGCAUGGAGAUUUUUGUGUCAUUAAGUCAUAAAGAGUCGAAAAUGCUGCAUAAAAAGCAGUUUUGCCAAAAAAACAAAUGUUAAACUCACUCAGUGUUGAUUGUAUCUUGACCCGGUCCACUUGGUCUCUGAUCUGCCAGAGACACGGACAUGUUGUAAUGUGCAAUAAAAUUAAAAUGUCUGAUGAACACAG